CAUGCAGGAAGUAUGAGGUCAGUGGUUGAGGCAGCACAUAAGCAUGCCCAAUCUAACCUCGAUUCCUCCACUAACCGUGCUCCCUUUAUAACAACACAAGAAAAUAAACAAGAGAAAAUUUCCUCUUCCAAGCACCACAUAAACCGCCAAGCUGAUGGCAACUUGUAUCAUCACCUUUGUUCUUCUCAUGGCACCCUUCCAAUCAACAUCUGCUACGAACAUUCCUCCAAGGAAUCAAGAUCUAGGCGUCGCCAUUGAAGAAAUGCAGAAGGCUAACUACUUCACCUUCGUCAUGCUGAUCAACAUGUUCCCUCUCGAUUCAAAAAUUCAUGGAAAUGUCACUUUCUUGAUGCCUAAUGACCGGAUGUUGUCAAAAACAAUAAUUCCAGAGUCAGCAGUUUCUUCCUUCUUAUAUCGCCAUUCAAUACCUUCCCCUUUGCUUUUUGAGAAUCUUCAAUACAUUCCAACAGGUUCAAUUCUUCCCAGUUCAGAGCCUCAGUACACGCUCAAGAUUUCAAACGGUGGUGGCAGGAGGAGUUUCUUCCUCAACAAUGUGAGAAUCAUUAGCCCAAAUCUAUGCACUGCAAGUUCUUCCAUCCGGUGCCAUGGCAUUGAUGGGGUGUUGACUGCAGUAAAGUUGCCAGGAAGUAACACACCCCUGUCUACUUGCUCUAACAGUACCGGUUCUGCAGCAUCACCCUCUCCAGUGGCUGCACCACCAUCACCAGCUCCAAUUCUUCCUUUCUCUGAUGAUUCUCCUGUGCCUGCCCCGCAACCAGCUGAAAGCAGCCAAAAUAAAUCAGGAGCUUCACAGUUUCUAUCAGAUAGCAAACUGUUGAAAUUUACAGGGACUCUUUUGGUAGUAUCAAUAAUUGGAGUUUCCAUGUGAAAGUUUAUGAAAAUUUGGAAAAAAUUAGAUGUUUAAACUUGUAAAUGUGCUUAUUGAUGGUUGGUAAGAUUUUUCAUGUAUGCUACAGCCUCAA